UCUUAAACCAUUCUUUUGUUUUAAAUAUUGAAAAGAAGAACGGAUGGCGAAAACAUGGGUAGCUGUGGUGUUAUCCGUGAUGCUACUCGUUUCCAUAAACUCGGUGGCAAUUUGGGCUGAGGAGGAACAGCCUACGAUUGGGACGAGGAUAGACUCAGCCGUGACAGGCGUCACCAAUGCAUUCAAUGAACACGGUGGCCCAGACGCCGUUGAAACCGUAUCUUCCACAGCAAAGUCCGUUUACGGAUGGUUUGGUGAUAAAGCCAAGGAAAUGGGAAUUCAUUUCUAAAAGGAGGAAUAAGGAAAGGUGAACUUAUAGAUGUGGUAUCAAUCAAAACAAAAAAAAAGCUUGACCUAUCUGUAAUUGAUUUUAUCUAUUUUAUCUUCAUUCUUCAAUGCAUUAAUAUGUAAAUGUAACCCAAUAUCUUUAAACAAAAUGUUAUCACGUCAAUCUCGGAUGCAAGUAUGAUCAUUACAU